AUGCCUUGAGGACUAGGAUCGUGCCCUGUUCUGCGGGCGUCAGGUGGCAAGCACGGAAAAGGGGAAGGGCCUCGUGUUUUCGGCUGGGAUUUUGGCUCCUGAUCUCCACGGGGGCAGGAUGACUCCCCAGGAAGAGCCGGGAGAGCCAGCUGCAGCUGCUGCCCCAGCUUCCACGGAUGAUGACGGCAUGACCUGGUGGUACAAAUGGCUGUGCAGGCUGGCAGGCGUCAUCGGGGGCAUCUCCUGUGCCUUCUCGGGCCUCUGGAUGUGCGUGACCAUCCACCCCCUCAACAUAGCGGCAGGCGUCUGGAUGAUGUUGAACGCCUUCGUCCUCAUUCUGUGCGAGGCCCCGUUUUGCUGCCAGUUCGUCGAGUUUGCGAACGUCAUAUCGGCGAGGGCAGACAAGCUCCGUCCAUGGCAGAAGGCAGCCUUCUACUGCGGAAUGGCUGUGUUCCCCGUUAUUCUGAGCCUGACGCUGACAACCUUGCUUGGCAAUGCCAUCGCCUUUGCGACGGGGGUGCUCUACGGACUCUCAGCACUGGGCAAAAAGGGGGACGCCAUCACUUACGCAAGGAUGCAGCAGCUGCAGCGGAAGCAAACCAGUGAAGACGGGACAGUGGGGAUGAUGGAAGCCCAGGCUGUGUGACGCCCUCUCCCUCGGAGUCAAAGCUACUCAUUUUAGAGCCAGGUGCUCCUCCUCCUUGAUGUCAAAGAAAGCAAACUGGUUCAAAUGGUUCCGACUCCUUCAAAACUCCUUUAAAAUUCCUUUCAAAACUGAAAGAAGUUACAGGAGCACUGAAAGGAAGCAUCUCCCUGCAACAACUUUUUGAUUUUUUAAACUAAAUUAAUUCAACACUGUGAAUCUUUCAUGCUGCAGCUUUUCAGUGCCUGGGUUUUAAAGCAGCCCUCGCUCCGUUCUCAGGUCAGACUGCAAACCUCUGGUGCAGUUUUUUUGGGCUUGGUACGAAAAGGUCACUGGAUGCUGUAUUCUAACUACUGACUUCUAUCCAGGGCGUGGGAUGUGGGGGUGGAACUGUUUUGAAAACUGGAGAAAAAGGCACCAAACCCAUUUCGUCUUCUAGAGUCAUCGAGUGAAUGUUUGAAGAACUCUUAGUGCUGUGAACUUUGCCGAGGAUUUGGAGCUAUCGGUGUCUUUCUCCCCACACUCCCACCACUCCGAAGGAUUUGUGUCUGUCUGUCCUUCCUGCAAAUUGCAGUGCCCCUUUCUCAGAGAUAGUUUUUUAAUGGCAUUCUUUCUGAAUAUUAGAAGUUUUUUACAACUCGUGUGCUGAUUUUGGAAAUGCGUUUUUCUUAAAGAGGAAAAAGAGCUUGAAGAUCUCGGCUUUUUCUGUGUGGCUCUGCCUUCUUCUAGAUUUCUUUAGCAAGAGCGGCCAUGAAGGAGAAAAAGGACCAGGAAAGAGCAGGAAAGAAAGGACUUUUUGUAGGAAUCUUUGAGGCUCACUCUGGAAGGGGAGAAAGGGCUGGAGUAUGUCCUUAAGCCAGCAAAACUGCUAUUUUCACUUUGCACGGGCCACCAAAGAAGCCAAGAAGUAUUACAAAAUGAUUCUUGGUUUUCGCACACCCUGGCUCCCCCACCUCACAAAUUCUGCAGCUGCAAGCGUGAAGCUCCUUUGCUCCCAUAUAGCACAAAAACACGGCUUCCGUAAUGUAGAUCAAGAAAGACUUCCAAAGGAAUAAUAAUGGCAGAAGCCAAUUAUUCUGUUGAAAUGAAGAAAGGCUGGGGUAACCAGGAUGGCUUUCUGUAUGUGGAAGGACUGGGAAUAUCUGACAGAUCUGUGAUUCAUCAUGAAUUCCUCAGCUCAGAGUCCUUUGAUCGCAAGGGUGUCUUUGCUCCAGUUGGUGGCUUUCAAGCAUCUGGUUAAAACUGAAGUCUUCUCAGCUCUGCCUUAAUGGCACUUGCUAGGCAUAUUUUCUGUUGUUAGGUUAGCUGUAUUUUUGUUGUUGAUUUUUAUACCUGGUGGAAAACUUCCUUUCCCCAGGAACUUACAACCUAAGCCUCCUCUGUCCAGGCAUUUCAGUGAGCAGCUGUCUUGGUUUGCAUGGAAUGACAACCAUGCACACGAGUGAUUGUUGGAUCUGUGGGUUGUGAUUCUGUAUGAACCCCAGAAUGGUUGUUAACCAUGAAAACCUAGGAGGAAAAGCAUGGUGGUUGGGUUGUGGACUCCGGGUUGUUCAUGGUUAACAGCCUUUGAGUAAACUCUGGUAUCUUAUUCUCCCUAUUUAUACUGUGGGUUUAUAUUUAAUUCGUUGUGACUUCCCCCUGCUUGUGGAUUUGCUUUGAGGGGUGUAAUAAUGUAUUUCUAUUUUCCCUGGAUUUUAUAUUUAAGACUGCUGCAGUGGGGAAUCUGUUCUCUUUGGAUGUGCAACACUCACAUCCUCUGUUGAAAGGGCAAAGGGUAGGAUUAGGGCUCUCCCUUUCAGAGCAAGGGAUAUUUCUGGAAGUAACUCACCCUCGUCCCUGACAUUUCGCUGCAGAAUCACGAGGGGCUUAGUGUUGGUCUCCCCUCUUUUGAUAGUGUCUUUCAGGUAAGACAAUCGUAUCUCAAGGGCAACCAGUUUUCCCCAGAAGGGUCCUGCCUGCCUUGGAAAUUCUGAAUUCUGUGCUAGGAAAGGGGGGAAUGUGUUGCAUCCACGUUUUUGUGUGUGGUGGGCGUAUCUGGUUCCAUUGCUUGGUCACUGAAGGAACGGGACUUUUGGUCUUCCAUUUGCAAGGAAGUUCUUCCUGUUCUGAAAGGCCGGGAGGCAGGAAAGGAUGCCCGGAAACAGGAGCCUGUCCUUCCACACCCUUUCAGACUAUGGGCGGAGAAGUCAGACACGGGGCUGCUGCUGCCCCCUCGGGGCUGAUGCCAGGGGCUGGCACUUGGGAGACCCAUACCCAGGCAUGGACCCAGCACUAAUCCCGAGCCCGAGGCCCUGCUCUUCCUGCCCGCUGCAUCUGCCUGUUCGCUGGUCCUCUGCUCGGUGUCUGAACUGGGGCUAGAGGGAAGGGAAUACUCCCAACAGAGCGUGUUCAGGGCUGCGGUGGAAGCAGCGAGGGGGUGGGCCCCCGGAGGGAGCCUUGUUCUGGGGCCCACCAUCCCUUGAGUCACCACUGCCCUGACUUUCCCAAGGAGGCCCGGUGCAGCACUGUGGGCAGUGUGGCUGAUGAGCACAAGCCCCUGCUUCUCCUUUCUCUCGGGUACCUGUAUAUGCCUAUGCAGAGCGAGAGAAAGCAGGAGAACGACUUGCAAAAAUGUAAGGCAAAUGACAUACAGAAAGUCAUGCGGAAAUGCCUGUAAGGUUACAUGCAAGCUUAAAACAAAACUGAAGAAACCAUUCUCAGCAUUAAGGUCAAACUUAAGUCCUUAAGACCAGAAAACUGAGCAAUGGAAGGAAAUGGAGAUGGGCCGACUCAUCUGUUCCCAGUUACACGUAGCAACCGGAUUUGAUCUCGCCUGGACCGAUGUGCUAUUUUCUUCUCUUUAAAAAGAGCUGAAUGGAUUGAUUCUUCUGUUUGCUGGUAGAGACUCAAGUGAAAUGGCAGAUGGUGUCGUACGGGGGUAGAAUUUCCAAACACUUGUUUGUUGAAGGAAUAUGGAAUGCUCUUUUGGGGCAGUGUGACAGAACCGCGCAUGGUCUUGGCCUGGGUUAGAUCAGGGCUUGCGGCUUUAAACUUGGGCUCCUAAUGUGCUGUUAGUGCUUGGGAAGAAGAGCUUUCACACCAUGCCUUAGGAGUCUCCGGUUUGACGGUGCUUCUGCCACGGGAGACGGUUGAACUGUGGACAGCCAGUUCUUAUUUCAUGUGGAAAUGCCCAAACGGCUCCUCUUUUGUGUAUGCUGUGAAUAAAAAGACCGUUCUACCUCUGGUAA